AUGUCUUUUUGCCAGGAGCUGAUGCAGCAGAAUGAUAUUGGCUACGUACUGAACGCCAGCAAUACUUGUCCAAAGCCUGAUUUUAUUCCAGAGUCCCAUUUCCUGAGAGUGCCUGUGAAUGACAGUUUUUGUGAGAAAAUCUUGCCGUGGUUGGAUAAAUCAGUGGAUUUUAUAGAAAAAGCAAAAGCAUCGAAUGGAUGUGUGUUGGUGCACUGCUUGGCUGGAAUAUCGCGCUCUGCCACAAUUGCUAUUGCAUACAUCAUGAAGAGAAUGGAUAUGUCCUUAGAUGAAGCUUACAGAUUUGUGAAAGAAAAAAGGCCAACCAUUUCUCCCAACUUCAACUUUCUGGGCCAGCUUUUGGACUUUGAGAAGAAGAUCAAGAGCCCGAGUGGCCAGCCUGGCCAUAUUAGCAAGCUGAAGCUGCUGCACUUGGAAAAGGGCAGCGAGCACGUCCUGGUGCCAGAAGGAGGGCAGAGCAGCCUCCCCACCGGCCAGCUCUGCGUUGCCGCUACCUCCGAGACUGUGGAGCAGAAGUCAGCGGACUCGGGGAGCGUGCCGGGCACGCGCUUGCCGUCCUUGGAAGACGCCCCGCUGGUGCAGGGCAUCAACGGACUCCAUGUGUCCGUGGAUAAGGUGGAGGACAGCAACCGGCUGAAGCGCUCCUUUUCUUUGGAUAUCAAAUCAGUGUCCUACUCGGCAAGCAGCAACUGUGUGACUGCAUCCGUUCAGGGUUUUGCCUCCUCUGACGACACCCUGGAGUACUACAAGCACGCGGCCGCUCUAGAUGGCGGCAGCAAGUUGUGCCAGUUCUCCCCUGUCCAGGAGGUCUCGGAGCAGACGCCAGAAAGCAGCCCCGAUAAAGAGGACGCAGCCCCCGCCGAGGAGCCGCCGGGCCCCUGGCCGCUGGAGAGCCAGAGCAAGCGGCCGCACGCGGGCAGAGCCGGCGGCGGCGCCGCGCCACGGCCGCUCCUCUACCCGCUGCACCGCAGCGGCAGCGUGGAAGACACCUACCGAACAAACUUCCUCUUCGGGCUCUCCACGAGCCAGCAGCACCUGGCCAAGUCGGCGGCGGGGCUGGGCCUCAAGGGCUGGCACUCGGACAUCUUGGCUCCUCAGGCCUCCGCCGCUUCCCUCACCAACAGCUGGUAUUUUGCAGCCGAGUCCUCGCGCUUCUACUCUGCCUCCGCCAUCUACGGGAGCAGCACGGCUUACUCGGCCUACAGCUGCAGCCAGCUGCCCACGGGCUGCGAGCAGGGCUCUGCUGUGCGCAGGAGGCCCAAGCAGGGCGAUCGGGGGGACUCCCGGCGCAGCUGGCACGAGGAAAGCUCCUUUGAAAAGCAGUUUAAGCGCCGGAGCUGCCAGAUGGAGUUCGGGGAGGGCAUCAUGUCGGACAACAGGUCCAGAGAGGAACUGGGGAAAGUGGGCAGUCAGUCGAGCUUUUCGGGCAGCAUGGAAAUCAUCGAAGUGUCUUGAAGUGGCAGACUUGUGUGGCUGUAUUGAGUCCGCCCACCCCGGUUCCAGGAUGCACCCCCGGAGUUCAGGAGUUCCCUGUAAAUCUGAAAAGAACAAACUUUAUACAAAAAGUGUGUGUGUGUGGACAGCGUGGGGGGUGUCAGAAGGGGAAAUGUGGGGUUUCAGUGUGAAUGCAAUGACUGGAUGAACACAGCAAAGAAAUGGCAAGUGAGCAUCUGCAGAAGGAGACCAGGCAUGCUGGUGGGGGCUUCCCCUCCCCUUUCCUGGAGAAGGGUAGGGCAUUUCAAAAGUUUUCCCUGGCAGAUGAAGCAGUUAUAUGCAAUGGAUUGCACACCCUCUCAAUGUUUCUAACGGGAGGCUGUCCUGGGGUCAGAACGUUUCUGUGGUUCCCGCGACACGCUUCUCCCCAUCAAAGCGACUUUGCUUCUCCCCUCCCCGUGCCCCGAGUGUUCUGCAGCGCACCUUCGCCCUGACACUGAGCCAUCCUCUGGAGGGAGACCUUUCUCCUGCAAGAAGGGAGAUGCAAGGCCAAAGGAAGCGGGGACUGGUUACAGCAAGGCUGGUCUGAAAGCAGGGUUCAGACAACUUGUAAAUACUGGUGUAACUAUUGUUCUAAUGGGUAGGCUUUAGGUGAUUUGCUAGAGAGCUGCUUCAGAGAAAAACCAGUACCUCAAAAAUAUAAAAAAUAAACUUAGGGCUUUAUGGCUGCCAGAUGCUGGUAGCCAGUUCAUAAGCAAUGUGAACAAGUAACAACUAGCCACAUCUGAUUUAUUGUUUUUUGUAAGCUGUCUACGCACAACUUAGCAGUUUUUCUUAUAGAAGACAAGUGCAACAGACUUAUGACUAUUUCCCCCAGUCUUUAAUUAUUAAAUAAGCAGGAUUUGUAUUUCUGAUAUUGGAUUACUAAGCUGGCUUCUGGGAGAGGGAUAGCUAUGUUAGCUUCUAAUGGACUGGUUAAUAAUUAGGGCUAUGUGCAAAACAUAAGUGGAUGAUCAGAAAACUGCAAAAUCUUUUUUUUUUUUUUUUUCUCCUCUUUGCUAAUUGACAAUUCAGUAGAUUAAUUUUGGAGUCUUUUUUUUUUUUUUCUUCUGCAAUUAAUAGUAGGGCUUGGUGGGAUGAGUAAGAACAUUAAGGAGCUGCUCCUCACAUACAGCUCCAGUUGCUGCCUCCUAGAAGAGGGGCAGCCAGGAUGCUCCCUGUUGGCACAAGUGGCUGCAGGGCACUUGGCUCUGUCCCCAUGCGGAGCCUCCGUGUCCCCAGGUGCCGCGGUUUGGCUGCGGCCCCUGCCCCUUCCUGGCCUGUCCAAGCCAGGGCCCUGCCGGCUCUUGGAGGUGCCGAUCCCUGCGGGCAGCAGGGAUGUUUGGGGGGAGAUCAGGCACCCCCGUUUCUGCAUCCUUGAUGGCGAAGCAGCUGCUUUCCCUCCAGCUUGUGAUUCCUACGGUACGUUGGCUGCCGCUCUUCCCGUUGCCGCAAGAGGCUGAGGAAGUGGGGAGCAGCAGCGGGGCCGGGCUGCGCGCGGGAGCCUCUUCCCAGUGUGCGCGCGGUGGGAGCCGGGGCUUCAGCCUCUGUGCCUUGCACCAGUGCAAAGGUGCAGGCAGCUGAAAAUUGUACAUCAAAUGUAACACGCUUGUCUCUGGCCAACAGCUUUUAGGAAAGAAAUAUUGUCAGUGCGGGGGUCACUGAACUGAAUCCCCAGUUCAAGUCAGCAGUGCUUUUUCUUUUUUCCUUCUUGUUUUUAAAAAUAUAAAUUUAGCUAGUUUGUGACUCAAAUCUCAGGUGUUACUAUAUUGAAAAUCAGAGAAGAUUUUGUCUUUUUUUUUAUUAUUAUUUGUUUUGUGGCUAGGAUGUGACUUAAUUUCCUACGAUGGACUGCUUAAAAGAGCACUGAAAGCUACAGCAGUGAUUAACUUGAUCCGAAGACGUGCAAGAGACGCACAGAGAGGCAGCAAGAGGAGUAAUUGCACCCAGAGGCUGUGUUCGUGACGUGUGUAUGAAAUGCCAGAAGAAGGGCUAGUCUGGACCAGGGAUAGGUUGACACCACCCUGUAAAGUAUGUCAGGUCUUGGCUAUCCAUUAAACGUAGGGCCACUUGUCUAUGUUUACAUACCAAGUGAUAGUGAUUACAUUACAACCAUUUUCAGCAUAUACACACACUGUGUGUGUGUAUAUACACAUGUAAACCAUUUAGCAGUGCUCCUCUCAGCCAGAUUUCAGUUAAAGCCCAUGUCUUUCUUUGAUUAGAAUUGGUUAAUGGGGGGAAAAACCGCACAAAUCCCUGCAGGCAGAAACCAUCUUCCUGGGUUUCACGCUCAUUCAUGAGUGUGUUCUUCCCCCCUCUUGUGCGCGUGCACGCUAAGUGUGUAAACACACACACACAAACGUGUCUGCUGAGGCUUGGUUUGUUUAAUCUCUUUCUGGGGAACUGAAUU